GCUGAGUGUGAAACCACCAGUGUGGGUUUGUGUUGUGGCAAAUCUCCUGCAAUCCACACAAUUCUCUUGGCCCCCAUGAUAACACAGAGACCCAGAGAGAGAGAGAGAGAGUGUGUGUGUGGAGUAUCGCGUAAAAUUGAUGGAAAUGGCAAUGACCCAGUUGGUCACUGUGGUGGCUCACGCCGUAUCGUCGUCUCCGGAGGAUGUGACCGAAUCUUCAGGGAGUAGGGGUCGCACCGCCUUUCAGUGGGGUGGAACCAUCUCUGCCCUUUUUUUGUUAAUCAUGAACCGAAUUGGGCGAAGAUCAUCCAUGCAGUAUACCCUUCUAGUCGUCUAUCUUGUCAUUAGUUUUCCAACGGUGCUGUUCAAGAUUCUAAGAGGACAGUUUGGAUGUUGGGUUGCCUUACUUGCUGUUGCAGCAAAUCUGUCCUUUCCUGAUAUCUUUCCAGUUUCUCGCUUUCUCCUAUUUGUCAUCACACCAGACUGGGUGGCAGAUGGGCUGCGCGAUAGUAUUGUUGGUGGUGUGUUUUCUCUCAUAGUUGCAAUAUUACUUGUUGUAAUGGAGAUUCGGGGAAUUGGAGGAUUUGCUAACUGGGAAUGUAAUUCGCAUUGCUGUGGUUACUGUCUCGGUGUACUUUUGUUGUUCUUCUUUACUACAUUGUAUCUAUGUCUGGGACUAUGGUAGAAGGUGCAAAACUUUUUCUAACCUGUAAAUGUUGUCCUAUUGCAACCUCAAUUGUUUGACUACUAAUUUCAAUAUUUUGUCUCCAAACUUCAACUGCAUAAAUUAUGUACCGUUGUUGUGAUGGCAUGUGUAAAAUACAGGGAGAUAAGGAAAAUGACAAAUUUCAGACCACUUUUUUAAUCUCGUUAGUUUGUUAUUACUGCGUUUACGGCCUGUUAAUUAAGUUGACAAACAUUUUGUCUGAAAACGAGUGAGCUUUGCCGACACAGAAUUGUGUUUUUUUUCUUGUCAGCAAGUGUAGAAGGGUUCAUCACUAAAGCCAACACUUGCGAGUGUUAAAGGUGGGCACAUUACGUGCUUUUAAUAAUCACCCGAAUCACCUAAGAACAAUACUUACAUAACGUAUGGAUGUAUAAAUUUAAAAUAAAAUAAUUUGGACAUUAAUCAUUUGAGAAUUAUAGCUCAAAUUUAGAUUUAAGUUAAAUUUAAAAGCUUUAUCAUAAUGAUUUAAAAUAACGAUGUAAAAUUAUUCAUUUAAAAAUCUUCCACGUUAAAGACUAUAGCUGUUUUUUUCUAUCUCAAAAAGUUGUUUUAUUUUAUUUUUUUAAUUUUAUAAGGGGUCAUCUUGAGGGACUUCCCCCAGGUUGAAAAUGUAUGAUGUUUAGCCAAUACAAGUGAUCACUCAUAAAUCAAAUGGAAAAAUCAAUCAAUUGUUUCUGGUCCAUAUAGCCAUGAUCAGAGCAUUAUAGUCUAUUAUCUAUACAGUGAUCAUUAAUCAAACAAGCUUGAUAUAGGUUGAGGUUGGUCCGAAAAGGAUCUUUUCUGGUUCGAACCUGGAAAAAUGGGUAGGUGUAUGAAAGCCAAAUUUUCUUGGUGUCUGAAAAUAAUUUUAAUCAUCCACUUUAUUGAUUGUACCUAAUAUAAUUAGUGAUGUCUAAAUAGGAUUUUGUUCACUCACCUGAAUCGGACUCCCCCUCAUCUCUCAAGCCAAUUCUUUUUUUAAGUUUUGAUGUAGAAUGAUGAUCAUAACGUGGUCCCAUUAGUUACUGUUUAUUUAGUAAUUAAUUGAAGUUAUGGGAAAUGGGCACCAAACUCAGCAUUUGAAUGGAGAAGUCAAUGUUGAUGUUGAUGAGCCCACUUUAGCUGUCCUUUCUAAUAAUAAAAUGGCAGUAGUUGGUUCAAAGGGAAACUUCCUAGUGGGUGCGAGUGUGUGUGUAUGCGUGAUGACUGUAAAGUUGCAAUGUUUGUGAGUUUGACUCAACAUUUUGUUUUUGUUUUUGUUUUUUCGUUUUUUUGUUUUUACAUCCGGGAGUCUUGUCGUGGUAAACACUUAUUUUGCAAUUAUUGUCCCCUAAAUUUUUUUCGUACAUAUGUCCAACCAAGCAAUCUCCUCCAUUUCUUUUUGUUCAAGGAAAUUUCAUGUUAACACAUUCAUUUAGGCAUGUUCAUAGAAAUUUGUUUUCUUGGAAAAUCAUUUCAAGUUUCCAAAUACAUUCCGCACAGCCAUGAAAUCUAUUCCUUAGACUUCAACCAACCUCAACACCACCUCAAACUAAAAUGGAGUUUUUGCCCCUCUUGAUCUUCACUGGCCUUUUGAUCUCUGGUCCUUCCCUGAUUCAUUCCCAGCAGCCUUAUAUUCGCAAGGCCACAACACUCUGUGGCAGCACAGAAAAUUCAACCUCUGUUUUUGGGUACACUUGCAAUGGCCUAAACAGGACUUGCCAAGCUUACCUCACAUUCAGAUCUCAAUUCCCUUACAACACUGUCUCUUCCAUCUCUCACCUACUCGGUUCUGACCCAUCACAACUCUCUCAUCUCAAUUCAGUUUCCGCGAAUGCAACAUUCGAAACUGACAAAGCAGUGCUAAUUCCUGUGAAUUGCUCUUGUUCAGGUCAGUAUUACCAAGCUAACACAUCUUAUGUUAUUGAACAUAAAGACACUUUUUUCUUGAUUGCAAACAACACCUUUCAAGGCCUCUCAACCUGUCAAGCUCUCCAGGCUCAGAACAGUAAUCGCACUACUAGGAACUUGUAUUCUGGUACGAGAAUUACUGUUCCUUUGCGGUGUGCUUGUCCUACAAAGGACCAAAUUGAUGUUGGUGUAAAUUAUCUAUUGAGUUACUUAGUUGCCACAACUCAGUAUGUCUCUCUCAUAAGUUCAAUGUUUGGGGUGGAUACUGGGAGGACUCUUGAAGCCAAUCAAUUAUCUGAACAGGACCCCACCAUUUAUCCCUUUACUACCCUUCUAGUUCCUCUAGAAAACCCACCAUCAAGUUCUCAAACCAUAGCACCGCCACCGCCGCUGCCGCCACCAUCUCCUCCACCGCCGCCAUCUCUCCCUUCAUCAAAUAACAGUUCCAAUAAAACAUGGGUCUAUCUUCUUAUAGGUGCUCUUGGAGGGGGUGGUCUUGUGUUGGUCAUUGGGGCCAUUGUUUUUUGCAUCUUCUUUCACAAAAAUAAGAAGAAAGCUGAUCCAAUUAUCGUCUCAGAGGGCUUCGAGGCAAUCAAGAAACAAUCUGAGAAAAAGUUGGAGGAAGAAUCCAAGGAGUUCUUGGCGAGUAUACCCAUUAUAGCUCAAUCCCUCAAAGUGUAUAGUUUCGAAGAACUUCAAUCCGCAACAGAGUAUUUCAGUCCUAAUUGUUGGAUUAAAGGAUCUGUUUAUCGCGGUACAAUCAAUGGGGAUUUUGUUGCCAUCAAGGAAAUGAAUGGAGAUGUGUCGAAGGAAAUCAAUUUACUAAACAAGAUCAGCCACUCCAGUCUCAUCCGCCUAUCAGGUGUUUGUUUCAGCGAAGGGCAUUGGUAUUUUGUUUAUGAAUAUGCUAUAAAUGGACCAUUGAGUGACUGGAUUUAUCACAACAAUACCGAUCAAAAGUUUCUGAAUUGGACACAAAGAAUGCAUAUUGCUUUGGAUGUCGCGAUGGGGCUUAACUAUAUCCAUAACUACACCUCCCCUCCCUAUGUCCACAAGGAUAUAAAGAGCAGUAAUGUUCUUCUUGACAGUGAUUUCAGGGCUAAGAUUGCGAAAUUUGGUCUAGCAAGGUCAGCAGAUGGGCAAGAGGGUGAAUUUGCCUUGACAAGGCAUAUUGUUGGGACAAAAGGCUACAUGGCUCCCGAGUAUUUGGAGAACGGUUUCAUCUCCACAAAGCUUGAUGUCUAUGCUUUUGGGGUUCUUAUGCUGGAGAUACUUACCGGGAAAGAAGUUUUCAAGCUAUAUCAAGGGGUUGACGUGCACUUGUCAGAGGUCUUAAGUGCUGUGCUUAAUGAGGAAAAUGGAAAGGAGAAUUUGAAUGGCUUCAUUGAUCCUUCUCUGCAAGGGAAUUAUCCUGCAGAACUAGCCCUUUUUGUCGCCAGAUUAGUCGAUAGUUGCAUAAAGAGGGAUCCAUCAGACCGCCCGGGCAUGGACGAGAUUGUACAGUCUCUGUCAAGAAUUAUAGCCACUUCACUGAAUUAGGAUUUGUCAAGUAGCAUCUCUGGGUACCAGAGUUUCAGCUAGAGCUUUCAGUGGAAUCUUUUUUACCCUUUUCUUGGCUUAUCUUUCCCCUUUUUUUCUUCUUAUGAUUUAUUGCAUAAAAAAUUUUCAGAUAAU